AUGGCUCUCGAGCCCAGAUCGUCGUCAGCCCACAACUCUCUGAUGGGCACUCGAAUACCCCACCCUCUAUCCACGAACUAUCAUGACGGUGACGAAUUUCCUUCUCCUCCUGCAAAGCGAGUGAAGACUGCUGCUCCCAGCGGCACCCCCAGCCCGAGACAUAGGUCGCCGAGGAAACUUCGUCCUGCAAGAAGAAUCGAUGAUGAGGUCCCAGACUCUGAAGAUGAUCAGGGCGGCGUGGACACAAGAGAGGACCAAUUCCUCGAUGCUCCAAGCGGUACACAGUUAGAGGCUACUCUCCCACCCAUCCAAACGGACGAAGAAGCCAUCGAAGCAUAUGAAGCCUACAAGGCCGGCGAACGUUCCGAGACGGAACUCGAGCAGGGGGUCGAAGGUACAACACUGUCGCGACUGGAGUCUCGUUCUUGGAUUCGAGGACGCAGUUCAAUAUAUAUGGAUGCGUUCAAUCUCGCUUUGGACACGGUUCUGGAAGAGGAAAGGCAUCUUUUCAAUGAAGCAGAGCUUGACCUCUUCCGACAGUGGCGAGCGUUGGAUUAUGAGGUGCAAUAUCUCUAUGUCAGGCUGUUCUUGAGGAAGACGAGUAAAUGGUUCCGCGUAAAGGACCUGCAAUAUUACAGCGAUAUCGCGGAUAUGGACUAUGCAGUUGUGGAUCUCCUGAAGGAGAGAACUCUGCCAGCUGUUGAAAACGAGCCUGAGAUUCACCCAGGAGAGCUUGAGCCCCCUGAAGGAACAGUGCUAGGUAAGAAGUUCACCUUCGCAGAAUGCUCCUCCGAGCACAUCACCACCUUGGAUGAGGCAAGCAGUCUCCUGCUGUUAGAUGAGCUGAAGGCGCUCGCGAGGGAUGCCAAGGUCAAAGGCAAGAACAAGCGUGAGCUGCUACAUAACUUUCGACGGACAAGCGGCAAACAAACAGGACUGGACUUCCAAGGCCUGAAACGCACAGAAACCGAAGAUUCCGUCGGAUCCGUCAUGUCUGAGGACAACCAGUCAGCGUACGACGACGAUGACGAGGAGAGCAGCGGAUCCAAAACCCCAGUCGCCGGCUUGAGCAAUCGGGACGCCCACUUUACGAAGAAGAUUCUCACUCGGACAGGUCGGUGUAUUCGGCUUUCCUUGACACCUCUGAAACUGUUUGAACGAGUCCAUCUUGUCUUCUACCGCAGCACUGAAUGGACGGAGAAAAGUCUGACCACCUUGAUCCUCGCGAAGAUUUCUAGGCGCAACUUCCCGCAGUACAUCGUCAGCCGGUCGACCACAAUCUUCGAGUCACGGGCUUUGCUUCUUGAGUUCGAGGCCAGCCUUCGGACACAAUUCAAGGUCGACAAUAUCCUUGAAUUUAACGGCACCCCGGGGCGGAAGUCGCUCGAGGAUGUCAAAAAGAUCGUUGAGGCCGUAUACCCGCGCUGGAGAGCUCUGCUGGCAGAAGAACAAAGAAAGGAAGAACGUCUUUAUGAGAGUGGCGAAGGUGCAUAUCUACGCCGCUUCAGCCCUGCUUGGGUGUAUACACGCAUCGUGCACAAAGGGCUGCACCCACUGGCAAGAUUCAAAGAACAUCUGCAUGAACAUGAGAUCCUGAGUGAAUUGCUGGACCAAAGACUCUUCCACGCCGCGAGAAGAGGAGCUUGGUACCAGCGAAAAGCACUUCUCGAAGAACAUUACAUGCACGCUCUAACCCCAGACGAGGGCCGCGUCCCCGAGGUGAACAAGAAGCACUGGAAACGCAUCGCACUUCAGACCUGCGAGCAAGGUCUGCAGGACAAAGAGUGUCACAUCAUCUACCACUACGACCUUCAGAAACGGAUCAAGAAGCUCGAGAAGCAAUUGCGCAUCCCACUACGAGAGCAGCACGACUUUGGGCACGUCAGACUCGGCAAACCUUUUGAGCGAAAUGUGGUGGGCAUCAAGAUCGAACAAGACCGCGAAUCUACACCAUCGCGGUCUCAGGGCCUCAGUCGCAAGAACAGCAUCGGCAUUUCCAGCAACGACAAACCCCCGCCUCUAACCCACCAACCCAGCACAACCGGCCCGGUUGGCUCAAAAACCAUCUGGCUCGACCACUUGGAUACUAACCUCCCUGUUUCCGUCGAAUCAAUGUGUCUAUCCCAUUACCGCUACGUGCUAGGCUACAAGGGGUACCACUCCGAAGGCGGCAUCCUGCGCACGCUCUUCGGACUGCUCUUCUACGACAUCUUAUUCUUCAACCCCUACAUACCCAACGUCUUCCAGACAGCGUAUCAGACUUGUCCGCUAGAUCUGCAUACCGAUUCAUUCUUCUCAUCUCGCAUGCCCGAGAUCCUGGGUCGAGUCAAUCAGAUCUGUAACGGCGAGGCACCAGACCUGAUCAAGCGGGUAUGGGAACAAGAAUACGAGAGUCGAACAUGCAUCGUCGGUGUACGAUGGGAUGAAUUCGAACGCGACGAUCUCCUAGAGCUGGUGGAGUGUUUUCGCGGCCAGGCGCUAGGGACGAUCAUGCUUGUCAUGGCACAGGAGUAUCAAUCUAGAGGAGGCGGCGUGCCGGAUCUGGUGCUCUGGAAGGCCAAAGCAAAGGGAGAAGUCGUGUUCGCAGAAGUAAAGUCUGCGAACGAUCGGCUGAGCGAUACGCAGAGGCUCUGGAUCAGUGUGUUGCUUUCGGCUGGGGUGAAGGUUGAGUUGUGUCAUGCUGUGGCUGGAAGAGAUCAAGGAUAA